AUGAAAGCAAUUACUGUAAUUCAAUACUUAGAACCACCAUGUGAGAGUGAUAAGAAUGAGGAUCGUCACUUUGGAGAGAAAGACCCCGAAGCUCAGAAAUUAAGCAAGGGCCCGGUGAGGCUGAAUCUCAAGGAUCCUUGUAAAGCCCCACGGCGGCUGGUGGGCUGGACUCAGCUGAAGAUUCCUGAUGUCUCCCAGUGUCCUGGGGCUGAGGCCCCCUCACCCUCUAUUGUCUGGGAGCCCGUCUGCGGCGAGAGCCUCACCCCCCGGGCCAGCUGCAGCCUCGCGCGCUGCUCUCCCGCUGGCAUACGAAGGGCCGCUCUGCUCUGUCCCCGGUGGGUCCUGCAGCCCCGCCCUGGAAUAAGCCAGCCUCGGAGGGCUCCUCUGCCGCCCCUCUGCCCGGCCCUCAUGGUCCUGCUUCAGCUGCCCCCGCCGGGCCCGUGCGUCUCAGGGUUCAGGCGCCCCCACGGCCCGAGGCCCAGGCUGGCCCCUGUGGGCUCCCCGCAUGCCGCUGUUCACCUCCUGGCUUUGGCUCAUGCCUGUCCUUCUGCUGGGACUCUCGUCAGCUACUCGUCACUGACUUCCUGA